GGAAACCACAAUGAUUACAUCCGGGGGAGGGUUUUCAAAAUAAAACAUGGCCUUUCGCACUUUUUGAAAACAGGCUACAUUUUUCAGAUGUUGUUUGAAAACAUCCCAGCUUAGGAUUUCUAACGAAGAAAUCUAUUAUUUCAGCUUUUGUUCUCCCUGUGUAACAGUAUUCCUAAAAUGUACGAAACAACAGAGCACUGUAAUGUAACAAGGCAUUGCAAUUUUACAGCAUAAUGUAAUUUACGUUCACCCCUUGAGCAAUUGUACACUUUCGUUCUGAUGUACCUGAAAAGUAGUUGAUAAGACUAAACUUUAUUUUGUUUUAUUUUAUGUAGCCUCAGUGCCACAUAACCUGAGGUUUGCUUUAAAUGCUGAAUAAAUAGCUGCUGCUUCAGAAAAACGUUGAGACUAUCAUGUCUGUAAAAAAGAUCACUUUCACUUCCUCGUCAGCUUGUUUGACAGCUGUACUUCCUCAUUAUAGUCUGACGGAGAUGAGCCGUGUGUUUGUCGGCGUGACAGCCAUGAAGGACGGAGUCCGAGCAGGAGGACAGGCGGAGGUUUCCCGCCAGGAGCUUUAUGAGGACUAUGUGAACUGUUACCUCCAGCCGUGUACAGAAGUGGGGCCGUGCCGCGAUGCCUGUCUGCUGGAGAAGGCGGCUCAGUAUCUGCUGAGGGACCCAGAACCUGGAGGGACCUUCACGGUGUUCCCGUUCUCUCAGGCUGUACGCGAGGGUUCUGGAGCCCUGAGCACAGACUACAGGAAACUGCUGUCUGCGCUUAUCAAAGCCGCCGAACUGCUGGAAACUAUCUGCGUCAAUCUAUUCCUUCAACCCUGGAAGAAGGAAAUCAAGACACUCAAGACUUUUACAGGUCCAUUUGUUUACUGUCUCCUGCCAGUUCUCAGCAGUGCUACCAUUCAGUCAGUCCUGGCCUCUAUUGGCUACCUGCCCCAUACUGAUACUCCACAAAGUGAGUACAGACUCAGUGAGGAUGCUGACCCAGACAGAGCCAUGCUGGUGGGCUUUGAGCUGCUGCUGGCCAGGGUGGAAUGCUACCACCUCCUGGAGCUCCUGGAGAAGGAUCAGCUGGGAUCACAGGAGUGGCUAGAGGUUCUCCAGAGGAGAGUGGGGCCUACAAAACUGGAGGAAUCCACAGAACAGAAGACAACAAAAGGGCAAAAGGAAGAGGAAGAGGAGGAGAAGAAGAAGGAAGAUGCAGAUAGAAAAGAGGUUCCCCUGUGUUUGGACACCAGGCUUGCAGCGAACCCCCAGCCCAAGCCUCGACGCUGCCACCCCGUCAGCGUAGACCAGUCCAUUAUGGAGAUGCAGAUGACCUACCCUGACCUGGCCUUCAGGGGCCGCCCUCUGCUACCGGACAAACCUCUCCCAGCAAACAGCAGCAGGAGCAGCAGUAAAGCUGAUCAUACUGCCAGCACUAAUAAUUACAGAGACGACAGUAAGGCUGCUGAUCUCCCCAGAAGAGAUUGUAUUAAAGGCCCCAAAGCUGCUGCUACAACUAUCCGCAGUAAAAAUGAAAAUGGUGGCAGCAAAGCUGAUGAAGUGUUUGGUGACGACAGCAGAAACAGGGGUGGGACCACCGCCCCAGGAGACACCAUCAGCAGCAGCUUCAGCAGCAGGGGUGGGAGCAGAGUUGAUGCUGAGCUCAGUGGUCCUCAGGCCAUUUCACUGCACAUCACACUGAGAGCUGAAUCCACAGCAGAGCAGAGCCUGAAGCCUGGAGAGUCUCAGCCCACAGCAGAGCCUCCUUCCUGGACACACCAGCCGACUGCAGCAGACACACUACAAGAUAAGAGGGCGUCCAACCCAGAGCCUCCCUCUCUGAGCUCCAUGGACGAGGAGCAGGAGCUGAGGGAGCUGGCGGAGAGGAUGGGCCAGCUCCAUGUACAGGAGACCAAAGAGGAAGUGAAGAGAAAAGGAGAGAGGAAGGCAAGCACAGAGGGAGAGGCGGUGAUGGAGACAGGUCCGGCGCUGAGCUAUGCUGCCAGUAGAUGCACCAGAUCCUCUCAGUCUGGUCCCGCACUGAUGAAAGAGCAGAAGCAGCACCCGUCCCUGCCGACCGUCGGUACAGCAGGCUGUCAGAGCUGUGAGGAGGGAGGCAGCGCAGGGCAGCAGGGGGGGGGAGAUACUGACGGAGCAGAAACCGGCCCAGGAGAGGAGGAGCAGCUGGCACACAGCUUUGUUAUAAUCCAUCAUGACAAGAAAUAACAUGUAUGGAAAUUAUUAAUAACCAAACUACUGAGCAAGCCCAAAACCAGUUCUGGUCAGUCUGGAAGGCCAGAUGUAACAGUUCACAAGGACAGAUGUCAAAGAGCAGGAAGAUAUUUUAAUGCACAAUCCCACUUCAGAUUUCAAACUGAGCUCUAACUGCGCUCAGGAAUUUAUUCAGCAGCUUUGGCUGCAUAGCAACACUUUUUGGAUGACAUGCAGCAGGACACACCCAUGUAUGGCUGUUGCAUUCAAACCUCCCAUUAUUGUGACUUCACAAAGUAUUCUAAGAUGGUUACCCCUACUGCUAGUCCUGUUGUCUCUCCAGAUAAAUCGUGUGAAACCGGACACAAACAGGCAGCGUAUAAAUCCUGUUUAAUUAGCUGGAAUGACUGUUAAUAUUGGAUUGUAUUCAGGCGGCUUUGCAGCCACUUUGCCACAGUUUUUUUUGACACUUCUGUAGUUUGUUUUCCACAUGUGGAAGAUAUCGUAGCUGUCAGAAAUUUCCCAAAGUUCAGACUCAGACAUGUUUCUUCCCACUCGACUGAUCCUAGCAAAGGGAGCCAAGUUGCUUCCUCAAAUUUAGUGAAUUCCUGUCACCUCCUCAACACACUGAGCGCUGUGUCCACUCAGGCUCUAGAAACUUGAUUUGUGCUCAUGACUUUGGCCUUCUUGCAGAUUCAUUACAGCUCAGAUGUGUGCCCGCUCAGUUUUGUUGUUUACUAACUUCAUUAACUAUCAUGCUGUCAUGAAUCAAAGGAUGAAAAUGUAGGUGAACUUUAAGCGUGUCAGUUACACCGCUGUCAUCAUUUGAAACCUUCUCAUGGACAGGCUGUUUCAGUCCACUCAGGAACAGUUGGGAGAUUUGCAGAGAGACAGAAUAUCCAUGUUGCAAACUGAGUGUAGCUACUGUGAAGUUGUGGUUGUCACAGAAUCAUGUUGACUCUUCCUGGAGUGAUGCAGAAUCAGUCUUCUGAGUGUCACACACUCAGCCCUGUAGGCUUACUUCUGGCUGUAAAAACACUGUAGUUUUCUCCUUCCUGAAGAGGAGCAGCUGCUCCGGCUUUAAUGUUACAGCAGAGGAGCAUAGUGAGUUUAUGGAUAUUUGUUACCAGUGGAGUACACUGUAACUUAGAUAACUGGAACUCACCCUAGCCACUAUUCAUGUAGGACAAAACUAACCUUUUUUUACAGCCACAAGUCAAGUAAAAGGGAAUAGUUUUCCAUACAACGUACUUUCACUGGCACAUUCCAUGAAAAGAUUUUCUAUUAUAUCCUGUCCAUAAGUCAUCCUGUUUUCAUGAAAUAACAUUCCUUUAAACAAUUUACAAAGUUUUGGUGUGAAAGGUGGGCCUUUGACCCAUGAAUCAUGAAGAUUCUAACAAAAUGUCAGAUGGUUGGUGAUUGUUGUGCCUAUACGAUUCCAAAACAAUACACCUUUGGUUUGUUAGUUUGCUGUAUAUAAGCAGGUUUUAUAUAAAGACUAUUUUCUAUUUAACCAAGCCAAACUUGCCUAAAUGUGUCAGUAUUUAAUGCUAUGGUGUUAUUAUCACUAGUAACACCACAUAUUUAAAAAUAAAUACACUUGUGGUUUGGA